ACGACUUUUCAAAUUACCUAUUAUCGCCCACCAGGAAAAAGAUGAAUAAUGUUACGUCUAUAUUUUCCGUGAUUCUAUGCCUUUGUUGUCGACUUUGUACCACAAGCUUUGUCGAUAUAUCAGGAUCUAUACUUGGGGUCACGAAGGAAGGAUUGAUAUCGGCGUUUGGAGACUUUAACUCUGACAAACAGACUGAUAUUUUUGUACUCUCAGAAAAAGGUCAAAAACUACAAAUUCUAUUUGCUCAAGUAGAGACUGUAUAUUCACCAGCAACUCUCAUAGACUACACUUCUACUGGGGUUAACGGAACACAUAUAACUGGAGUAUUCCCUGGUGAUUAUGACGGAGACUCACAGAUGGACGUCCUUGUGACGUGCCACUCAGGCGUGGGUAGUGUUGAGAUCCAUGACCCUCUCCAGGUUCUUGUUUACUGGGGUAACUCCCGUACUCAUGCUGUGGAUAAAGAUCCAUUGGUUGUAGCUGAGAAUAUAACUGACCAUCCUACAAUUCUCGAUUUUAAUGCAGAUCUCAUACCAGAUUUUCUGGCAGAGACAAAAAUAGGCAACCGCUAUGUUUGGAAAUCUAGUUCCAGUUCAAGAAACUUUACAAAGCAAUGGCUUCCCACAGUUCAUGUCGCGAAUAUCAGUAUGCCAAUUCGCAAACCGCAUUCAAAUGCUUUUAUAGACCUUGAUGGCGAUUUCACUGCAGAUCUCAUGAUUGACCGUGAUGGUGUGGAUAAUUAUCAUUAUGAAAAGUGGGUUAAUAUAGAUGGCGCUUUGACAUUUAAUGGGACUAUAACACCACCUAUUAAUGGAAUAAAACACAUGGGGCAGUCAUCUUACGUGGACAUUGAUCAAGAUGGUGUAAUAGACCAGAUUGUCCCGCUAUGUUUAGAUGAUGCCUGCAUGGACAGCUCCAUCUAUGUUUAUUCAAAUGAUAAGUGGUCUCUCUUACUGGCGAACUUCACAAAUGGCGGCACUUGGGGAUUUGUUCCACCAAAAUCAAACCCUGUGACUAGGCCUCUUCUACCAAUCGCCCUCCACACAGGGGACUAUAACUUGGACGGGUUUCCCGAUGCUCUGGCAAUACUUUAUACAGAAGAGGACGGAAAAAGGCGGCAGAAUGCAGUCUUGCUACAGAAUAUCCCAUGCGGGAACAAAUUGUGUCAAAAUGUAGGACGUACAUUUGGGAUCUUAUGGGGAACUGGAAUACAGAAUGUAAACAAUGUUAUUCUCGCAGCCUUCUAUGACGUUUAUGGGGAUGGAGUCUUAGAUGUGAUGCUUAGCAGUGUAGAUGCUACGGGAACCACUGUGACCCAUGCAUACAAAAACAACUUCAACGCAGAUGCAUGCUUUGUAAAAAUAAUGGUUUUGAGUGGCUUAUGUGAUAGUGACUGUCCAAAUGGCAAAAUGCCUUAUGGGGUGAAUCAGCCUGGCCCAUUUAUACAAUACAGGACUACAACAGCUGAAGGCAGACCACAAAUAAGCUGUGCGGGUCAGAUGCCACAAGCCGCCCAUUUUGCGCUACAGUUACCCUUCACAGUAUUUGGAUUAGGGCAAACUCCAAACUUUAUAGACAAUCUUCAUGUUGGCGUACCAAGACCUAAAGAUAAGAAUAUUAGGAAAAGAUCUUGGACAUCAGUGAUACCAAAUUCUCAAAUUACCAUCGUGCCAUACCCAAUAGAAACACCAUCUUGGUGGAAAAUGAAACUAUUUGUAACUCCCAGUAGAUUGGUUUUACUGACUGUUGCCGCAUUAUUGGGGACAUGUGGAUUUAUCGCUGGUCUAGUCGCAAUUUUACACUGGAAAGAAAAGAGAGAUGAUAAAAAAGAAAAGAGACAAGACUCGCAUAGGUUUCACUUUGAUGCUAUGUAGGAGAAUGGAGAAUACAACUUUUUAAGUUUUUCAAUGGAGAAUACAACUUUUUAGUUUUUUAUAAAAAAAAUUGUGCAAAACAGUGGAACAAGGACGGAAUAAGGAAGCUCAUACUCUAAAAUGUGAGAAAAAUCUCAGACAAUCCAGUUGCAUUAAUAUCUCUAGAGCGCAGAAAUGUCUUUGUGAU